GAGAGAGAGAGAGAGAUGAAGAAGGAGGAGGAGGGAUCGGGCGGGGGAGGGUGGCUGGAGGGGCUGAUGGGGGAGAAGUUCUUCGGGGUUUGCGGGUUCCACGAGGAUCGACGGAAGAGCGAGAAAAACAUCUUCUGCCUGCGCUGCUGCCUCAGCAUCUGCCCUCACUGCCUCCCUUCUCACCCCUCCCACCCGCUCCUUCAGGUGAGACGAUAUGUUUAUCACGAUGUAAUUCGUUUGGGAGAUCUGGAAAAGUUGAUCGACUGCUCCUACAUUCAGCCCUAUACAAUCAACGGUGCCAAGGUGAUAUUCCUAAGCCAAAGAGCACAAUCAAGAGCUUGCAAAGGAUCUACCAACUUCUGCUUCAAUUGCGACCGAAUUCUCCAAGAGCCUUUCCACUUCUGUUCACUUUCCUGCAAGGUUGAUUACUUGGUGUGCCGAGCCGGGGAGGACGUGUCAAGCAUCUUAUACAAGUUCGAUGAGUCUGAUUUCGCGAUCUCGCAGUUCGAGGGACUGAGAAUGGAGAGCUCCUCAUCAGAGAUUGUUGAUGAAGAUGGCCAGAUCACUCCAAACUCCAUAUUGGAGAACCCAUUGCAGUGCAAAGGAGGUUCUUCUUCAUCGGAAGAUCCACACUUGAUCAGGAAGAAGAAGAAGAAGAGCACUGGGUUCCUCCCUGGGAUGGUUCUCUCUCUCAGCAACAGAAGAAAGAGUGCUCCACAGAGAGCUCCUUUUUCCUAGAAAAUGUGAAGCUUCAUUAGGAGUGACUAAAUAUAAAAUGUGAUGGUGUGCUAAUUUGCGAUUUCCAGGGUUUCUUUUCUUGUUUUUAAGCGGAGAACGCGCAUGCAAUUCCAAUUACUGAACCGAGGUGGGUAAAGACAGAGGGAGAACUUUCGCCAAUUUGAGUACUCCACCGAUUUUGUAUUCCAUGUAAUAGGGUUUGCGCGCGGAUAUAUGUAAUAUUAUCUGUCAUACAUUCAACAUUGUAUUCUGGUAUAAACUACAUUCCUGCA